GGCGAGCGGCUGCGAGGUGCCCGCCGGAGCCUCCUGGACAGGCCCUCGGGCCCGGGGACCCGAGGAGGAUGAGCUGGCUCUUCCCGCUGAGCAAGAGCGCCUCCUCCUCCGCAGCGGGGUCCGCCGGCGGCCUGACCAGCCUUCAACAGCAGAAGCAGCGCCUGAUCGAGUCCCUUCGGAGCGCCCACUCCAGUAUAGCUGAAAUACAGAAAGAUGUGGAAUACAGAUUACCAUUCACCGUGAACAACCUGACAAUUAACAUUAAUAUAUUGCUUCCUCCUCAGUUUCCUCAGGAAAAACCCGUGAUCAGUGUUUACCCACCAAUACGACAUCACUUGAUGGAUAAACAAGGAGUGUAUGUUACCUGUCCGUUAGUAAACAACUUUACGAUGCACUCAGAUCUUGGAAAAAUUAUUCAGGGUCUAUUGGAUGAAUUUUGGAAGACUCCUCCAGUUUUGGCUCCUACUUCAACAGCGUUUCCAUACUUGUACAGUAACCCAAGUGGACUGCCUCCUUAUGCUUCUCAGGGUUUCCCAUUUCUCCCUCCAUUUCCCCCACAAGAAGCUAACAGGACUAUCACUUCUGUAUCGGUUGCUGACACUGUUCCUUCAGCCACAAGUUAUGCCACAGCCAAACCCGCUGCUCCCUCCUUCGGCAUCCUCGCCAGUCUGCCGUUACCCAUUCCCACGACAGAUACUUCAGCACCGAUAAACCAGAAUGGUGUUGGUUAUAAGAUGCCGGAUGUCCCUGAUGCGUUCCCAGAACUCUCAGAACUAAGUGUGUCACAACUGACAGAUAUGAAUGAACAAGAGGAGCUAUUACUAGAACAGUUUCUGACUUUGCCUCAACUAAAACAAGUCAUUACUGACAAGGAUGACUUAGUAAAAAGUAUUGAGGAGCUAGCAAGAAAAAAUCUCCUUUUGGAGCCCAGCUUGGAAGCCAAAAGGCAGAGUGUUUUAGAUAAGUAUGAAUUGCUCACACAAAUGAAAUCUACUUUUGAAAAGAAGAUGCAAAGGCAGCAUGAACUUAGUGAGAGCUGUAGUGCAAGUGCCCUUCAGGCGAGGUUGAAGGUAGCCGCGCACGAAGCUGAGGAGGAAUCCGACAAUAUUGCCGAAGAUUUCUUGGAGGGAAAAACUGAAAUAGAUGAUUUCCUCAGUAGCUUCAUGGAAAAGAGAACAGUCUGCCACUGUAGAAGAGCCAAGGAAGAGAAGCUGCAACAGGCCAUAGCGAUGCACAGCCAGUUCCACGCUCCGCUCUAGAUUUUCCUAAAAAGAUGAACUGCCAGGAGAGGAAUGGACAAAAGACUAAACACACUGUUUUAUAUUUGUGGUCUGCAAACUGGCCUCCCACACAGUGGCGGAAUUCACAGACAGACUGUAGACUGUAUAGAACCCAGACAGACCCUGUACAGGUUAGAGUGAUUGCCAUCAGCUUUGCUUCAGAGUUUUUUCCCGCACCCUUUGCACUGGAAAUGUUUAUUUAUUGUUGAUAAAUCCUGUCAUAUUUAAGUUUCCUCUGCUACUCCCUCUUAUUAGAAAUCAAAUACCUAUGCAUGGAAUUUUAGUAAGUUUCAAUAUUUUAUAAAAUUAUUUCAUUUAAAUUUGUAUUUUUUAAUUUGAAACUGCCUCAUUUCUUUACCAAAAGUGGUUUAUUAUUUAGAUUUUUCCCUCUCAGCCUUUUUUGAAAAAAUUAGUAUUUUUCCUCUUUCUUUCUAGAUAAAACUUGGAAAAGCAGUUUGUUUUUAAAUAUUCUUAGUGUCAGGGACACCAGACCUGUCAGUGUGCUGUCUCAAAAAAAUUAACUUUUAGUAAGUGCAAUAAAUUGAAAGGAUGAACCACCUGCUCUUAUAAAUUGUUUUUAUUUUUUAAACUAAAUAUGCAUUUAAAAAGUAAUACAAGUAAAUGGAUGGUUUAUCUAAUAGGAAAAAAAAAAAAAACUGCCUUUCACUGAAACCAGUCCAACACAAACUUUCAUGGUGGUUUUCUUGUUGUUUUCAAAUAAGUACCUGAUGGGUUUGUGGUGAGAGAAGGAUGUUUUCAGAAUUCAUAAUGUUAACAAUGGUCUUUUUAGUCAACAAAUAGUAAAUUUAGACACAAGAAAGUCAAUUAAUUUUUCUGACCUUUUACUGUGAGUUAGCUUUUCAUAAGAGAAAAGCUGUAGUGAUAAGUAAAUAUUUAGUUCUUAGGAAAUCCUCAUUUUAAUGAAUUUAAUUGAAUCUUUACCUUGUACUACGUGCAGCGAUUUACUCCUUUGUCACGGAACGGAAACAUUUCACGGGUAUCCUUCAAUGCUAAUAAAGGAGAAAGUCUUGAACUAUAUUUCUGAGACGCAGGAAGGUAGUCUGUAAAUCACAAAACCAUCUAAAGCCUAUUUGUGUUUAAAUUUCAUCCCGUAAUGACUGUCGGUCCAACACCAGCAUGCAGUACAGCUCAUGUUUUCUUUUUUCUUCUCUUCUUCCUGUACAUGUUUUUGGCAUUAGAGCUUUAGGAAAAUCAAAAUUAUUUUCUUACACCUAAAACGUACUCAAUAUUUAGUCUGUUUGUGGAAGGUGAAGUAUUCACAUGAACGAUAAAGAUACAAAGUUGGAUAAAGAAAAUAACUUAAUCACCUAUCUUCCUGGCACUGCUAGGGGCAUGUUGUUUUAGUCUUCAGAAUGACUGUAUGGGGAGGUACAAGUAUUAUUGCUGGUUUAUAGGUGAGAUAACCGAGGUAAAGGUUAGUGUUUCAAACUUGUGGCAGAGUCCUCUGGGUAUCAGGAAGCCUUCUUUAUGGCCCUGGCCACCGAGGCUUCAGUUUUACCGCCCAGCGUCACAAUGGAGGAGCUAAUAGUCCAGUCCUUUGCAGAAAUCAGGUAGCUUUUUAGAAACCAAGUCUAGCCCACAACAACAGACCAGCAGACCAUACCAGUUUUAUUAAGCACCUACAAAAAAAUAAGGCAUUGUGAAGAUACCGUACAGAGAUGACUCAGACAGGGUUUAGGUGCUUAUCUACCUACCUCUCCACAAAAAAAAAAAAAAGAAAAAAGUUUUUUUUAUACAGAGUAAAUCU